AUGCCUCUGCCCAUCAAGGACCUUCACACAGUCGAGGUGUUUCCAGGCUACGUGGCCGAAUUCAACGUCGACAUCCCGCUGCGUACCGCCACGAAGACCCUGCCCCAUGACCCGCUCCUCGUCAGAGACAACGUCUACCGCCCCAAGGGCGAGAGCAAGCAUCCAGUACUGGUUACAGAGAGCCGCGAGAAGGGCCACGGGGUCAACCGCUCAUCAGAAGACAGAUUCCACCCCAAGUCCUUUGCGGAGGUUGACCAGGAACAAAAGAGCCAGCACUCGACAUGGGAAACCCCCGACCCUGGCUUCUGGACCUCGCAUGGAUAUGUCGUGCUUCGCGUCGACGAGCGCGGAUGCGGCCAGUCUCCCGGCAUGCUGGAUUCUAUGAGCAGGACAACGAGCGAUGCCUUCUUCGACGUGGUGAAGUGGGCGGCCGAGCAGCCAUGGAGCACCGGCAAGGUCGGACUGCUCGGCAUCAGCUACUACGCCGGCAGUCAGUGGCGUGUGGCCGCUCGCAGGCCCAAGGGCCUAGCGGCCAUCGUGCCCUGGGAGGGCAUGUCGGAUUACUAUCGCGACCGUGUCCGCCACGGCGGUAUCUUGUCCAACACAUUCAUCGAUUGGUGGUGGAACAGACAGGUCGUCAGCAACCAGUAUGGGCUUGCUGGGCGAGCUGCCAGAAAUUGGGGACCAGACACACUUGAAGGGUCUCUGCCCGAGAGUGAGCUGCGAGAAGCCAGAAGAUCCCAGCCCGCAGACACGGCCGAGUUCAGGUUCAGGGACGACGAAUACUACAGCACCAAGGACUUUGACCUCGCCGACAUCGAGGUUCCGCUUCUCAGCGUGGCCAACUGGGGCGGAAUCUUGCUUCACCUUCGCGGAAAUGUUGUAGGCUACAUGCAAGCUGAGUCCAAGUUCAAAUAUCUCCGAUGCAUCACCGGCCGCCACGACCUCCCGUUCUACUACCCAGAGGAGGUCAAGGUGCAAAAGUCCUUUCAUGACGCUUUCCUGAAAGGCGAGGAUGACGUGGGCUGGAGCGUUCCCGGUAGAGUUCCGCCCGUCGACAUAUGCCUUCGGCAACCCGGGCUGCAACAACCCAGCGCGGAGCGGACGUCGUUCCCCAGGAGACAGGAGUCUGAAUGGCCCAUUUCCAGGACUCAAUAUAUCAGGUUCUACCUUGCCGGCCCGGGCGAGAUGACGACCGAGGAAGCCCCAGAGCGCCAGCUGCUGAAACACGAGGCCAUGACAGGCGAGCUCAACUUCCACACAAAGCCGUUCACAGAGGCGGUCGAAAUCACCGGUCAUUCACUAACCUCGUCGCCCCUGUUUUUGGACCAAGACGGCUUCACGCCGUCAGACAUGGACAUCUUCGUGACCGUUCGCCACUACGACGUGAACGGAGACGAGAGUAGAACGCCCCUCCAGCCCCCCGAUCUCUAUGAGUGUCCCCUGCCGCGCCUUUUCUACACCGGCACGACUGGUGAGCCUGUGCCUGUUGCCAAGGGCUGGCUGCGCCUCUCCCUCCGCCAAGUCGACACGACCGACCCAAGACACCGGCAUUAUCUCCCGCACCAAAACUACCGCUCUUCCGAUGUACUGCCGGUCGAUGCAGGAGUGGAGUAUCCAGUCGAUGUCGAGAUCUGGCCCACCAACGUUGUCGUCGCAAAGGGCCACACGCUCGGCCUGCAGAUUGCGGGCCACGACACGCAGGGGAGCGGGCUGUUCGAGCACACGCAUCCCGAGGACAGGCCCAAGUCGGUGUUUGACGGGUUGAACCGGAUUCAUGUUGGGCCGGGUUCGCAGAGCUACCUGGAGCUUCCCAUCAUUCCGCAGCUUAGGAACACUCCGUCCGAUCUGAGUGAGGGCCACAAGAGCCUUUGA